GUGAGGCACAGAAAUCGCGUGCGAGGAGCUCGCCCUGUCAUUCAGCGGAAUCCGCCACCUGAAACACAAGGAAGUGAAGGCGACUCAUUUGGGUAUAAAACAUCAACCACAUCUGCCUUGAGCCGUGCAGACUGAGGCAGCAUCAAUAAUAGCGCUCGGCUGUACUUUUUCGUUUCCUUGGAAUUCAGAAUUCAAUAAUAAUAAUAAUAAUAAUAAUAAUAAUAAUAAUAAUAAUAAUAAUUAACAAAGCACGUUCAUUCGUUCGAAUGUCACUGCAUAGUAGUACAGUGUUGGAAUCAGAAUAAAAAAGUGCAAAGCGGUAAGUGCAAGAUAAUGAUUCCACCAGGUGACUGUAUGUAUGCUGGCAGGAAAAGAAGAAAGCCCAUACAAAAACAAAAGCCAGGAGUGGUGAGUGAAAAGUCCAACCCAUCGAAGAGACACAGAGAUCGGCUGAAUGCAGAGUUGGAUCGCCUUGCCAGUCUCCUGCCAUUCUCUCCGGACAUAAUUUCCAAACUGGAUAAACUGUCUAUUCUGCGCCUCAGUGUCAGCUACUUUAGGGUGAAGAGCUUCUUUCAAGCCAUUCAGGAGAAGACACCCAAAAAGCAUAUCAGCCAGCCUAUGAAUCAUGAAUCCAGGAAAGAGAGCACACCAACAGGGAACAGCAUCACAGAAAGUGGAUUGUUGCUAGAGUCAUUAAGUGGAUUUGCGCUGGUGGUGAGCACAGAAGGGAUGAUAUUUUAUGCAUCCUCCACUAUUGUUGACUACCUAGGCUUCCAUCAGACUGAUGUGAUGCACCAGAAUGUGUUCGAUUAUAUCCAUGUGGAUGAUCGGCAGGAGUUUCGCAGACAGCUCCACUGGUCCAUGAACCCCCCUCAGCAGGUGGCCAGCCAGGAGCACCAUUUAGCACCAGGAACUGGGGAAGACUACAUCCUGAGCAGUUUGUUUAAUGCCCAGGAAUCGGAUGGUGUUCCACCAGAGUGCUCUUCCUUUCUGAAGCGCUGCUUUAUCAGCAGAGUUCGUUGCCUCCUCGACAGCACCUCUGGCUUUCUGACUAUGCAGUUUCAAGGUAGACUGAAAUUUCUUUAUGGACAAAAGAAGCGGACAGCGUCUGGAGCCGUGCUUCCCCCCCAGCUAGCAUUGUUCUGUGUUGCAGUGCCGGUCUUGCUGCCCUCCAUCACAGAGAUGAAAAUGAAAAGCAUGAUAAUGAGGACCAAACACAAAGCCGGUGUUAUUAACACAUUGGAAAACAAAGCCAAAGGAGGUGAAGUAGCUGAAGCACAGUGUAAAAAUGGAUACCACUACGUCAAAUUUGCUGAUGUGAUGCAUAAUGCUGAAACCCACCUGAAAGUGAUGAAUAAUGGAGAAAAUGGAGUUCCUGUCUUUAGAGUGCUUACAAAUGAAGAUCAAUGGAAUUGGGUGCAGGCUAACGCUCAGCUUGUGUACAGAAACGGAUGCCCGGAAUAUGUCAUUGUCACACAGCAGGCUAUGAAGGAGAAAGAAGAUACAGAAAACCUAAAGACGGAAGCCAGUGGUCGUGGAAUGAAUGAAAAUGAUGAGGUGCAUCUGUUAAACUGCUCCAAUGACACGUCUGGGCAACAAAUGCAUUACAAUCACUGGACAAAGGAAGGGAUUAAACAAAAGCUUGAACUGAACAAAAGUGAAGGUUGUUAUUCCCAAAAUGAGCCAUUAAAUUUCUGUAAAUCCUCUUUAGGUGGAGAUAAAGCCCACAAUUUAGAUAACCCUUGGGCUGUAAGAUCAUCCAUAGGGGCACAGCUGAUAAGGACUGGUCAAAAUAUGAAUAACCUUUCAAGUAAACCUGCUCAUUAUGGGAAGCCAGGCAUUUAUAAAAUGUCUCAAAGCUGCCAACAUAUCAGGAAUGACACGCAUAUCCCCAAACUUUACAGCAUUUCACAAAAUCCAGAAAUGGACAACUUCACUGCAGAUGGUAUGAAAUCAGAAAGCACAUAUGUAUCCCAUGUGGGAUGCUACAGCAAUGAGAUGUUUCCUGAAACUCCAAUCAAAGUCGAACAGGAAUCUGAUUCUGAAAACGGCUGUGACAUUUACAGAAUCUCCCAAAGCAGGACUUGGAUGUGUAAGGAGGAAGUGGAGAAAAGGUUUGGGAAUGGAUAUUCUGAAGGAAUUCCAUUGAAAACUGAAGCAGACUAUUAUGAGCAACACUCUCCCUGUCAGAAAAAUAAAAAUAACAUGGGGAUGCCAUUUAACAGGCACUACCAAGAUACCCCCUCUGGGAGCAGACCUUUAAAAUGUGUGCUUCCCAAAGAUUUUACCCAGUUUAGCCCACAAAGGUUACCUCAUUUGGAGAACUUGUCCAGUAACCCCAGCGCAAACUGUUUGGAUAGCCCUGCAUAUGGGCACAAUUCAGUAGAACACAAAGGGUUUGGUCAGCAGGAGUACAAACUAGCCUACGAGUUCAAAAGUCACAACUUGAUCCAUGAGAUCAAGCGUGAGCCAAUGGAUUCUCCCCCAUGGUCUGAUAUCAAUCAAGAGGUCAUACAGACACCUCUGCAACGAAAUGUCAUGCCAAACUGCAUUAUGAAUUCAGCGGCACACAAAUCUAAUCCUUAUUCCUAUUAGCAGUAACAGGUACAGCGAAAAACACAGAUCUGCCUGUGCACCUGCAUUGCUCAGGGUGAAGAAAGUGAAAGACAGACAUUAAAUGGGAGAUUUUAGAACAUGUUCUACUCAUAUUUAAGGACUUCAAAUUAUAUUUAAUUACUAUGGUUAAUUCAAGAUAUGUGUUUUAAAGCACUUUUCAUAAAAUAGUAAUACAAUUAUUUUUUAGAGUCCCUGAUCUUUGUGUUUUCUGAUGUUUUGUGUGUGUAUAUAGCUUGCCAAGCUGCAUCAUAAGCAUAAUAGGCUAUAGUAGUUAAUAGUCACAUGUAGUACACAAAUGUUUUAUAUCUGUUUGUGAAAUAGGAUGGUGAAGCACUGUGAUUUUGCUUAUGAUACUGAAAUGUAAAUGCAAAGAAAAGUGGAAAGUAACACUGACAGUCUAUACCCUCCACAAUGAGUUUAAUAUGUAUUGUAUAAAUUAGUUGUUACUGUACUUUUUUUAAAUAAGUUUUUUUCACAUAAUGACUUCUGCCUUUUAGCAGUUUGAAGUAAGUAAGCAAUAAUGACCUAAAUAAUAAACUGAUGCAGUGUUCAAUGUUCCCAUUCAUUAACUAUAAUUUAAUUUUGGAGAACUCCGUACAUUUACUUCAACUGCAAAUAUAACCGAAAUUGCUGUCAACAAUUGUUUAAUACCUCCUUACAGUAUUUCAUUGUUGAUUUUGAGUUAGAAUUUCACUAUUCUGAUGUCAUUUUUGUAGUACUGGAUUUCAGAUUAACCUCUUUUUAUCAUGAAAAGUCUCCUUACGCGAUGUAUUUCUCAUAACAUUAUGCAAAUAAAGGCAGAAA